AUUGGGCUAAAUCACCUUGCGCCCAGCGAUCUACACGAACACCUGGCCAUGCUUCACUAAGAGGCACAUACAGGCGGAGAGAAUGCUUCAACAUCGUCAUCGCUAUGGAAGUUGAGCAGUAGUAUUGUUCACGAUGCCACCGACGCCGUCUGCGCCGUCGAAUAUCCGCGCAUACGUGCAAUGGAAAGAGCCGGCCAUAUAUGCAGGAGAGCAGGUUGAAUGCAUCAUCACAUUCAAGAACAUAGCACGGCCUGCGGGGACCGAGAGGCCGCAUGCUCUGGGAAGCGGCGACGCGUAUAGCAGAGGGCAAUCUAUCAGCGUCUCGAGGGCGCACAGUCGGCGCUCCUCGCUUGCGCAGUUGAAAGCACCGCCAUUGGCAUUAUCCAGAGCGCCGUCAGUAUCGGUAGCGAGCGCGAAGGGCACGCAUGGUAGCAGAGGACACCGGCCGACGCUGUCUCUGAGCGUAGCGAAUGGAUCCGCAAGACUAGAAAAUGGGACUGGCCUCCUCGGCACCACUCCUCAGACCGCCAACACUCCCGUCAGCGCCUCGAGGCCAAACAAGAGCCAUGGGCGCAGCCUGUCGAUCAUGUCGCUCGGGAGUGAGGCCAUUAGCGAGGGCAGGGCAUCUGGUCUUCACAACGGGCCAGGCAAGAGACCCAUGAAGGGGCAUGGGCGUAGUGCCAGUCUGCAAUACACAUCGACCCUAGGAGGACAGUCACCAGCUGCCUUGGGCAUGCUAUCACCGCGCCAGCCCUCACCUUUGUAUGAGGCCACCACACUUUCCGCCGACAAUAGUACAACGGAGCGACCGUUACCUACCCGUCCAGCCCGAAGACGUCCAGGUACGACAUCUGCUGGCAACACACCACAACUGGGGAGACAAUCCAGUCUAAGGAAACAGUCUAGUGCAGAGACACAAGUUGCUUCUGCUUUCAACAGUUUCAAGUUUCCUCCAGAGUCUUCGCCACAAGUGCCGUCUCCAGUAGAAGAGUCAGCAACACCACGACCCACGCUCACGCGCAAUCCCUCAACGAUGCACUCUAGCAGGAGGCAGCGCUCGCCACAGCCACCGGACAGUUGGUCUGGAGGUAUGGGCAGCCUGAACCCCAUCUCUCGGGUCAUGUCAGAAACUUCACAGGAUGGCACUCCGCGGACGAGCAGCGAAAUCUAUUCCAUGAGCAAUCACAGUGACGAAACCUUGGCUUCCGAGCUUCCCCUGCAACAACAGUUUGCACGACUACUCCCUGGACGGUCACACUCACGACAAUAUUCGAGGUCUCCUCAAAACAAACCUGCUGUGCCAGAGACAUUGAUGAUGGCGUACGCACAGACUGUGGGCCAAUUCACAAUUGAUGGAAGUCUUGUCAAUGCUGCGCCAUUUGAGGAGGUCAAAAGGAAGGGUGUGCAAGGUGGUGGGGGAGUAGUUGGGGUUGAGCGCUCGAAGCGUUCAUCUGGCCUGUUCGGUGCACUCAGUUGGGGAAACAUUGGUGAAUCUCUCGGCGGCUUGCUGGGAGGCGACGAGAUGAGUUCGAUGGCGCAGAUGAAGGCGACGGCCGGCUCCAAAACCAUACCACUCUUAUCGACACCUCAAAGUCUACUCUUCGUGGAAUUGAAGCUGGCGCCUGGAGAGAGCAAAAGCUAUAGCUACAGAUUCUCCCUUCCUCGAGGUUUACCUCCCACACACAAAGGAAGGGCGAUGAAAGUCACUUACCAUCUCUCGCUUGGAGUGCAGCGGCCGGGAGGUCAGAUUGUAAAGCACGUUGAUGUUCCCUUCCGAGUGCUAGGGAGCUACGACUCCCGGGGAGACACUCUUGGUCACGAUCUCAUGUCUCCUUAUGUACUAUUACAAGAUGCUGCGCGCACGACGAGUAUCUCUUCCGACUCGCCGGAUUCCAAUGGCACGCCGAAAUUCUUGUCCGAUACAGAACCCAAGCACAAAAAGACUCCCAAACAAGGGUUAGAGGAUUUUUUACGAUACACGAAAAGACUACUCGAUACACCAGUCGAUGCCAACGGUAUCUUGUUGUCUCCUACCUCUCCGAGAUCUCCUCAGUUACCAUCACUGUCUCGACGAAACAGUCUUGUCGAUCUGGCCCCCACCAAAAUCAAGGAAGCCAUCGACUUCGCUAUUCUACGCUCGAAUCGAAGUGAAUUGAGUGCAUCGCGGCAAGGGGGGUCGCAAAGCAGCAAUCGCUUCAAUAUCGCUCGAUCAGGACAACCGGUGGCCGUGCUUACUAUGCUGCGACCCGCAUAUCGACUCGGCGAAUCCGUCAUUGGAACCUUCAACUUCGCAAAUUUCAGUACGGGCCCAAGCACCACAGCACAGGCUCCCAUCUAUUCUCUGCUUGUGGAGCUAGAGUCAGCUGAGCAAAUCGAUGCCUCGUUGGCUCUACGCAGCAGUAACUCCAUCGGCCGAGUGACUCGCAAGGUGUACGCAACGUGUAGGCAGAACUCACUAUUUGCCAGGCAGGUUAGCUUUAGUCUCGCCAUACCAUCUAGUGCCGCCCCGAGCUUCGAAACAACUGGGGUGAGUCUCACUUGGAGACUGAAAGUCGAAUUUACCACGCACCGACAAAUACAGGGUCUGGGCAUCGAGGGCACUGAUGGAGAUAGCAAUUUACUUGAAGAGCUUGGGAGCGACGAACGGGGCACGACGUAUAUUGCCAAAGAGCGAUUACCGGCCGACACUUUUGAAAUAGCCGUGCCACUCAAGGUAUAUGGAGCUAUUGGCAUAGACGGCAUACACUAUACGCUCGACACAAUGCCUGAAGCGAUUGCAACCACCAAACGGAAAUUUUACAAGGCGCUGGACGCUCUCACUAGUAGCUCGACGAAUACGACUCACGACUCGACGUCCAUAAUCAGCAACACCGCUCGCACGUCGGCUUCGGCAUUGGCGUUCGACGAAGCACGAGAACGCGCGCGCAAGCGACUGCGCCAGAGCACGUCCACCACCUCCCUCAACACCGCCGACGUUCAUGCCUCUUCGAUCGUAUCACUGCCGCGCAAGACUCCUCUCCGACCACGGCCAAAGAGUGGUGUGGAGCCCAAGACACCUCCUCACUUCUCACCAUGGUCCCAGGACAGCUUCCUGGCUCGGCUGAAGACGUACAGCAGCGUCAGCACAUGGCAUCCGAAGCCAGAUCCUAUUAAUGAGGUGGAAUGGGCAAAAAGGGGCUGGGUCUGUGUCGAUGUCAAUACCGUGGCAUGCAGAGGCGGUUGCGAGAGGCGCGUGGUUGCAAGCUUGAAUGCUUCGAGCAGGCGACGUACAGAUGAAGACAGCGUGGGCAUGGACGCGGAUAGGAGUGAUGAGGACGAGGAAGCUGCUGCCUUGGAAGAAGCCCUCGCAGAGCGCUUCAAGGACGAGAUUAUUAAUGGCCAUUCCGGCUCUUGCAUGUGGCACAAAGCCGGCUGCAAAGACGACAUCUACCGUCUUCCGGUCGUGCGCCCCACUGUCUGGCAGCCUGAAUUGUCCAAACGCUUUCGAAGCCUACUGAGCAUAGGGAGCUCCAUCGACAAGGUCACCAUCAGAACUUUGGAACCUACAUCUGUGAACCAGAAACUUUUCAAGGACCUCCCACGGGAAGUCAUCGAUCCGUCCGACACGACACUGCACAGCUCGAUAACAGCAUUCGAAAUCGCCCUUCACGGCUGGCGAGGCUCUUCAGAAUCGGGCAACGAUCUUUUACAUUGUGAUGCGUGUUUUCAACGUAUAGGACUGUGGAUGUACCAACCAGACUACGUUGCCGCACGGCGGCGCCCCUCGACGACCAGCGACGAGGAGCAGGAUGAUGAAGCGAGCAUCGAUCUUGUGGAAAUGCAUCGAGAGCAUUGCCCGUGGCGAAACCCAGCGACACAACACGCUACCGGCAGCUUGGCAGGCUUGAACGCUUCUCAAAUUCUGCAGAGGGUCGUGGCAACUGCAGCGCGAGAUCACAGAAGGAGAUCACAUGAACAUGUCGUCACUGUUGCUGACCCCAACGACCAGACGAGUAGUGCGGGUGAGCAGCUGCCAGAGGUGACGCAGACACUCACACGGGCGGAGCUGGCGCAACAGGAUCAAGAGCGGGAAAGCAGAUUGAGGAAGUUGAAGAAUCUGUUCAAUAUCAAGAGAAAGUCGACAAACAGUUUGUCCAGACAGGGUAGAGUUUAGCGAUGAAGAAGAUACCCGGACUGUGGGCAUUUGAGCGUUCGAGCGUAACAUGAAUAUACAUGACUACACGUUGUAUACCGAAG